ACAGCUCCCAGCAUGCCCCGCACGCCGCGCUCGGCACCUUCCGCYGUGCCUCGGCUGCGCUCGCUGAUUGGCUGCUCUGUUGCGGCCCUGCCUCCGGCCGCGGCGAUUGGCGGCGGAGACGGCGGUGCAGCCAAUAGGACGAAGGGGGCGGAGCCAGCUCGGCCUGGUGGCGCGAAGUGCGGAGCCGGGGCUGAUUUGGCGCGAGAAGCCCCCACCAUGGCCACCACCAGCCCGCAGAGCCAGCCCACCAUCGGCUUCCCCCGCACGAGGAGCGCCCGCCGCCUCGCCGCACCCCCGGCCAAGAGUGACCCCGACAGCUCUGCUCUGAGCCCCUCGCCGCGCCCCAAAGCCUCGGGCCGCAGCGACCCCGGCCAGGCCACCCCGGGCACACGCUCAGGUCGGGCUCCAGCGCAGCCUUUGAGCCCCAAAGUGCAACCUCUGAGCCCCCGCAAGCGCCUGGGUGAUGACAACCUGUGCAACGUCCCCCAUGCCCUGCCYGGCUCCCCGGCCAAGCGCAGCAAGGAGAACCGGGGCCGUCGCCUGCUCUUCGGGGACCCCUCAACCUCCCCSGAGCAGCCCAAGAGCCCGGAGCCAUCCCCGCGGAAUGGGGGGCCAGAAACCCCUCGGAGCUUGGGGCACCCACGCACCCAGCUCUUCAGGCAGGAAGGUUCCUGUUACCAGCGGGCCAAGCAGGUGCUGCACGCAGCCGUGCCUGACCGGCUCCAGGGCAGGGAGAGGGAGACGGGAAUCCUCCGGCAGUUCCUGCGGGAUCACAUCCUGGGGCACYGUCCCGGCAGCCUCUACGUGUCCGGAGCCCCUGGGACAGGGAAAACCGCCUGUCUGAGCCGCGUUCUGCUCGACUGCAAGGACGAGCUGGCCGGGAGCAGGACCGUGGUGCUGAACUGCAUGGCACUGGGCAGCCCCCACGGCGUGUUCCCUGCKCUGGCACAGCACCUGGGGCUGCCCRCAGCCACCGGCCGGGAGCGUGUCCGGAGCCUGGAGAAGCAUCUGAUGGCCCAGGGACCCAUGGUCCUCCUGGUGCUGGAUGAGCUGGACCAGCUGGAGAGCAAAGGCCAGGAYGUGCUCUACACCCUCUUUGAGUGGCCCCAACUGCCCAGCUCCAGGCUCGUCCUCGUGGGGCUGGCCAAUGCCCUGGACCUGACAGACCGGAGCCUSGCCAGGCUGGGAGCCCACCCGGCCGGCAGCCCCCGCCUGCUGCACUUCCCACCCUACACCAAGGAGCAGCUCACCCGCAUCCUGCAGGAGCGCCUGGGGCAGGUGGCCGGUGACCCUGUCCUGGACUCUGCUGCGCUCCAGUUCUGUGCCCGCAAGGUCUCGGCGGUUUCCGGUGAUGCUCGCAAAGCCCUGGAUGUUUGUAGGCGCGCCGUGGAGGUGGURGAGCUGGAGGUGCGAGGCCAGACCCUGCUCAAGCCGCUCCCUGGGGGUGACUCCCYGGUGUCCCCCGUCCCCAAGCGCGUGGGGCUCCCGCACAUCUCCCGGGUGCUCUCGGAGGUGUUUGGGGACCGGCUGGCAGGGGGAUCCCGGGGGGCCCAGGACACCUUCCCUCUGCAGCAGAAGGUGCUGCUCUGCUCCCUGCUCCUGCUUGCCCGGCACUCGCACGCCCGUGAGGUCACCCUGGGCAAGCUCCACGACACCUACAGCCAGGUGUGCCGGCGGCAGCAGCUCCCCGCUGUUGACCAGGCCGAAUGUUUGUCCCUUGUCACCCUCCUGGARUCCCGCGGUGUUCUCGAGCUCAAGAAAGCCAAGGAGGCCCGGCUGGCCAAGGUUUCCCUGGCGCUGGAGGAGGCAGCGCUGGAGCACAGACUGCAGGACACRGCGCUGGUGGGCAGCAUCCUGGCCCAGGGGCUGCACUGACCCCCCAGCAGCCCCCUCCCCAUGGCCCCAGGGGGAAUUUCACCGCUGUGCCAAGAGCAGACAAAUGGCUCCCACCGUCUUUGCCUUUCAUCACGUUCUGCCCCUGGGGCUGUCAGUCUGGGRUGUUUUUAUUAAUAUUUUUAAUAUAGUAAUAUUAUUAAUGUUAUAUUAUUAUUAUUUCUGUGUGGUGGGAGCUGAGGCAGGAGGCUGGAACACCCCCCAGCCCCUUUGCAGGGAAUGGUGGGUGCUCCUGGCCCCCCUUGCACCCCGGUUUGUGAUCCUGAGGUCCAAUGCUGCACCUGCCACGAGUCAUGGACYGUGUUUGCUCCCAAAUCUUCUGUGGCCCUCCGGAACCUUCUGGACCCCUCUGGCUGCAAGGAGGAUCUUCCCAUAGCAGUGGCAGAGGGGGUGCAKGGACCCCYGGGGUUGKAGGGACAAUGGGGACCCCUUUAUCUCCUGCUGUUAAUA